AUGUGCAUGAGUAGCAUUCAGCGCAGCGCUGUGCAGGCACAUAGACAGGUAGGCAGAGAUAGAGACAAGCUGGUGCGAGGCGAGAUCUACAGUAGACGCGAAAGUCGGUACCCGAACGCAGUGGCCUUGGGAUUAAGGAAUCCCCUCAAAGCAGUGCCCACUAGUGGCCUGCUUCUCUACGCGCGAAGUUGUUUGAAGCGACAGCACAUCACCACUGAAAGCAGAGAGCCAGAGACAGAGGAGGCAGAAGAGAUGUCCACAAAUUUAAUGCUACCACCAGCACCUCCACAACAACUCAGCAACGGCUCCACGUGCCGAAUCAAAGCGGACCCCCAGUCACAACAACAACAGCAACAUCAGCAGCAUCAAGUUGUUGAGGAAGCUAAUGAUGGGGUCAACCUCAACGAUGAGUCGAUGAUGGUGCUCUCCCAGUCCGUAGAUUCCAUCCAUACGGUUGGAACAGCUGCUGGAAGCGACGCUCUUGAUCAUCAAGUUCGAACGCUUUUCGUCAGUGGUCUGCCCCUGGACACGAAGUCGCGGGAACUGUACCUUCUAUUCCGAGGAUUCAAGGGCUACCUAUCGUCCACUCUUAAACCCGCCGGCAAGAAUGGCAAACUCACUGCGCCAGUGGGAUUCGUGACUUUUGAAACGCGAGAACAGGCCGAAAAUGCUCUCAACGAGUUACAGGGCAUCAAAUUCGAUCCUGAGGGGAACCAGCACAUGCGAUUAGAGUUCGCGCGAAGUAAUACGAAGGUCACCAAACCCAAGUGGCCCCCAGGUUUCCCAUUACCUCCUGGAGCACCCACUGGGUUCCCUUUCAUCCCCGCGACAGGCAACCCUGCCAGCCUAUCACCCCUUGGUCAGCAGACGGGAUUCCCUGGCGUCUUGCCAACUAACUUUCUCCCGCAUUUAGCCGGUUUCGACCCUACAACAAUGGCUUUAAUCGCCGCACAGGACCCAACACAAUGGACGGCCAAUCCUCAUUUUGGAUAUGAUAGCACAGGACUCUUCACUUCCAUAGGUGCUGCUCCUGCCGCCUUCCUUCAGGCCUCAAAUUUUCGCCCGAUUCUACCAAUGAAUGCAGGCGGAACGACACCAGUGAGCCAAUCAGGAGCGACUCCAGUAGCCAAUCAUCUUCAGCUAGUACAAGCUGCUCUUCAAGCAACCAAUGCAGCCGCGGCUUUGGGUCUCAUGGCCACAGGCGGCAGUAAUGGUGGCGGUGCCACUGGAAAUCUCCAACAGCAAGCCUCUGGAGCGACUCCCCAAGGCUCCUCACCGACUGGGUCGGUGAUUUCAUCGGGCACUCACUCGCAAACCGCCUAUUCCGCGUUGCAAAAUCACCAGCAGCAGCAGCAGCAGCAGCAACAGUUCCUGGCAGCAAAUUCGUCAGUUCAACAGCAGCAACAACAGCAAAGACAACAAGCAGCCUUGGCAGCUGCCGCGGCGUCUGUUGGAUUACCGGCUGGGCUCUUGCCUGGAAUGCUCAGUGGACUGACAACACCUUCAGGACUGAAGGAGGAACACAAUCAAAACGGAACGUCUGUUGCGGUUGAUGCCAUUUUAAAGAUGAAAAGAGGCAUAACGAGUCCAACUUUCAAAGACAAUCUCGUGAUCUGCUUCGAUUAG